GACUUGCAUAGGCAUCCCCGAACGAACGAAUAUGGCGUUCUCCUCCUAGCCAAAUCUGCUGCGCGUACGCAAGCCGCGUGGCGAUCGGCGCGGCUCCUUCCCUGCCGUCCUCCUCGUUAGGUCAAACCGCGCGGUUUCGCACCUCCUUCCUUCCCUGAAUUCCGAUAAGCACAGCUACAGGUUCGGGCUCCCGGCUUUCGUAGCUUGAGGGAACGAAUUGAGCCUUAAGGUUGCCUACACGAUACGCCUCGAAGGUUCAGUCAGCUUCGAGUCUAUGGACGUGUCGAGUCGAGUCGAGUCGUGUCGUGUCGAGUCGUGUCGUGUCGUGUUGAGUCGUGUCGUGUGGAGUCGUGUCGUGUCGUGUAGGCAACCUUUAGGCUCAACAACUUCGUCAGGCGAGCUUCUAGGCUAUUAGUUAACGCUGUGGUGACGUGUGUCCUCCCGACGAGUGCUCACCGAUUUGAGCGGGAUUAGGGACCGGUAGCCUCAGGCCGUUCUGCUUACUGAUUUUUGAGUUGUAUUUUGAGUCGACUCAAAAAUCACCUGGGAUUAGGGACCAGUAGCCUCAGGCCGUUCUGCUUACUCUUAGAUGACGCCUUGAGCCGCUAUUUUUAGAGAAACGUCAGAGUCUAGGCUUUAGAGUAUCAUUGGAAGCCAAUUGUAGGGAUUUCCGCCCCGAAAUGCACCUAGGCUAGCCGGCUCGAGCUCGCCUUGCAAAUCGCGUUGCUGCUUGGAUUCUUGAAUUCUCGCCUGGGUUUAGCGUAGCGGACGCCGUGACUGGCUUUCGACGGCACCGAAUUCGGGUACACGGUUCCUCGCGGUUCCUCUCGGUUCCUUUCGUUCGAAGCAAGAAGCGAAAACGAGCUUCGGUCAGCGGUUUCCAGCAUGCUUCCUAGCAGCGCCGUGCGCGAGCUCCUCAGGACCCGUCUGCUGCAGCCCACGGACAUAGCAGCGGGGCCCGCCUGUCUCCCCCCCCUCCUCCGCGCGCACCCCCACCUCGCCCCCCGCCUCGUCUCCGCGCUCCUCUCUUUUGGCGCUCAACCCCAGGAGGGGGGAUGGGGGCGAGGCAGGAUACCAGGUGGGAUGGGGGGAGAGGCUGGGGGGGGGAGGGCAUGGGGGGAGGGAUGGACGGGUGGAGUGAGAGCGGAGAGCAGAGAGGUUUGGGAGGAAGAGGAGGAGGAGGAAACGAGGGUGCUGAAGCUGCUGCUUUAGACGAGGCAGUUGCAGCAGUCAUGUCUUUAAGUGGCGGUCGUGUGGGCUUUAAUCUUGACCCGGACGCAUUAGCUCUGGUGAAGGAGGCCUAUUCCGGGGCAGUGGAUUGGAUUCUCUGGGCGGCAUGCGGAUCUGAUCCGGAAUCCACACUGGCAGCUCUCGGCCAAUCAGGAGCGUCCGGGGUAUGUGGUGCGGUAUGGGGGGCGAGCGACAUAGCAUAUAGGUGCAGGACGUGUGAGCAUGAUCCUACAUGUGCCAUAUGUGUGCCCUGCUUUCUGGAAGGGGACCAUGAGGGGCAUGAUUAUGCCAUGAUCAAAACGGGCGGUGGAUGCUGCGACUGCGGCGAUCCAACGGCCUGGAAGCGCCAGGGGUUUUGCAGGAGGCAUCCGGGCCCCGGGCACGCCCUGCCCCUGCCGGAAAAUUUUGUUGCUCGGGCAGAGCCAGUGCUGGCUGCGGUUGCUGCGGAAUGGCAGCAAAAAAUAGUUUUUGCUGCCCGGAUGGAGGAAGAGCGGAGCGGAGGCACAGGGGGGGGUGGGGGGCGCGGGGGAGGAUGGAUGGGGAGCGAGGGGUUCGGAGGAGCGUCAUCCUCCUCCUCCCUAUCUGCUGCAACGCGCCUGAGAGCAGCCAAGAACGAGGCAGCAGCAGCCACUGAGAAGUUCUCGGACAUGUUUCUGAGACUAGCCAGCACCAGUGAAGGGCUGCUGCACCUUGUGUCAUCGAUUCUCACCCGGAAAGGCAACCCCGUUACAGUCACAUCGGGUGGCUUGGACCCCACGAGUCCCCCCUCUAUCCCUGCCUCUGCUGCUGUCGGCCUAGGCUCAAUCCUGAGCCCAGCCGUUGUGCCUGCCCUCCCUGGGUCGUCACAUCCCUCUUCUGCCGCGUCAUCUAGCCUCCUGGAAACCCUAGUAGCGAAUGAGGUAGGGAUCACAGAGGAAGCUAUGCAGGCGGCCCACCGCCUGCUCUACAAGCUCUUGGGCGACCCGGGCUUUAAGUACCAGUUCGCGCUCGCGUUCGUCUCCAACUACUCGGCCUUCGUCCUGGGGGGCAGCCGGGUGUCGAUUCUGGAGAGCUUUUCGGUGCAGAUAUUCACGGUGCCGGUGCUGACGCCGAGGCUGGUGGUGGAGGCUCGGCUGCUGGAUAUCCUCCUGGCAACCCUGCAGAGCACGCUGCAGGGGGCGCUGGGCCGGGACGGGCGGAUCAACCUGUCUCACGAGGAGGUCCGCAAUGGCCGAGUGACGGACGAUAUCCGCUACGUCCUCUCUCACUCCGCCUCCUCCCGCCACGUCACCGCCCGCCGCCCGGACCUGCUGCGCGCGUGGCUGCGCCAGCUGGCGGCCGCCCAGGGCAUGUGUCCGCAUGUGCGGCGCACGACCACCCAUGUGGCAAUAGAGCCCGAUGAUUGGAGCUUCGCCUACCUGUUAGAAGCACAGUUGGCGACUGUCAACCCGUUGCUCGCCGAAGCUAGUGCUGUGCCUGGGCUGGAGGCGUGGAGGGAGGCCCGGCAGGUGGAGGGAGGCUCGGCAGGGGAGAAGGGGGGAGGGGAGGGGGAGGGUGAGAGGGUGGUUGGAGGGGGUGGGUUUCCCGGUUUAGGGUUUGGGAGGAGAAAGGCCUUAAGAUGGUUUGUAGAUGAGGAUGCAGCGCAGCAGGGGCAGCAGGGGGGGCAGCAGGGGCAACAGCAAGGGCAGCAGCAAGUGGGGGUGGAAGUAGGGGGUGGUGGUGGCAAUGGUAGUGGUAGUGGUGGAAGUCACAAGGACAUGUCAACAGGUGGCGCUGGUGGCUCUGCAGAUCUCGAUGGUUCUAGCUGGAAGGCAGAGGGUUUUGACCCGGAGGCCUAUAUGGAUGAUUGGGGAGACAUGGACACAGGCACGCUAGCAGCAGCAACAUGGGAGAUGCUAGGCAUAUCUGGGGCAGGUCCUUGUGGCCCCUUACCUGCUCACCUCCCUGCUGCAGCCCCUUACCUGCCGCCCCGAGCCUGCGAGGUUCGGCAGGUGGCGGCCAGGUUCGGCAUCCCUCCGGCUCUGGUUCGGCUGCUGCAUGAGUGUGCGUGGGUGCUGGCACGGUGGCUGGCUGUGGAAGGGUUGAGAUCGCUGGGAUCCGCGUUUGGUAGUGGGGCGAGCAGUGUGGAGGCACUCAGGCUUCUCGGCCUUAGCAGGUCGGUUUUUUCUGCAUUUCCUGCUGGUGCUGGCAUUGCUGGUGCUGCUGCUGCUGGUGAUGGUACUGCUGUCCCUGCUGCUGCUGCUGCUGCUGCUGCUGCUGCUGGUACUGCCGGUGGUGGUGGCGGUGCUACAGGGGCUGCUGCUUCAGCAGGAGGGGGGGGUGGAGGGUUAGCAAUGAGAGGGAUGCGGCAGUUGGGACAGCUAGGCCUGCUACCAGGGGCCUCAGCAGCCAGGGCUCUUCUCACCUCCCCCUCCCACCCUCCCCGCCCCACUCCCUCCCCCUCCCCCCCGUCCCCUCUACUAACCCCACUGCCUGCUGCCGCUACCGCUGGGAGACUCUCUGGUGACGGUUCUAUUAGGGAAGGUCUAUCUAGGGAAGGUGAAUUCGGACAAGACGGGCAGGAGCAACAGCAGCAGCAGCAGGAGCAGCAGCAGCAGAUGCUGUCCUCAGUGCUGGCGCAUGCCCCAGGGCCAUCUCUCCUGUCCUUCAAAUGGGCCCAGGACGAGCUGAUCACCCUUGCUGCAGAGGCUGCAGCAGGGAAGGCAGUUGCAGGGGGCGCAGGAGGACGGGUAGAGGGCGGUAGAAGCAGCACAGUGCGCGGUGCAGGGGAAGCAGGGGCAGCAGGAGGAGGAGGGGGGGGAUCAGCAGGAGGCAGCGGCGGAGUGGGGAGGGCAGGGAGGUUCUUGUCAGGCAUGGCAGCAGCCGCAGGGGCGGCAGCUGCUGCUGUGGGGGGGAGAGCAGCAGGGCUAGGCGGGCCAGGAGGCAGCCCUGGCAGCAGAGCAGCAGCAGGGGUGGGGAGCCCAGGCAAUAGAGCAGCAGGGGCAGGCGGCCCAGGCAAUAGACCAGCAGGGCACUUCGGUCCGGGUGGCAGAGCAGCAGCAGGGGUGGGGAGCCCAGGGGCGAGCAACCAGCCUCCUCGUGAGGCGACUGAAGUGCCUGAGCUAACACUUGGUCAGUCAGGGGGACCUAGUGGGGCUAGUGAGACACCAGUCCCUGCUGCUUCAGGUGCAAGGCUGGGCGGAGGGGGUGGGGGAGAUGGUGCAAGGCAGGAGGGCGAGGACGCUGCACACACGCAGAGGGGGCACAUGGGGAUACUGAGUAACUGGCUCAGACGGGCAUCGCGGUUUAGAGCGACAGGAGGGGAAGGGACGCACGGCAGACCCACAGGCGCAGCUGAAGCAGCAGGGACAGGGACAGGAGGAUCAGGCGCAGACGCAGGGGCAGGGGCAGGGGCAGGGGCAGGGGCAGGGUCAGGGGCAGGGGCAGGGGCAGGGUCAGGGGCAGGGGCAGGGGCAGGGGCAGGAGGAGGGUCAGGGGCAGGGGCAGACGCAGGGGCAGGAGGAGGGGAAGUGGCGGCGGCACCAACAGCCAUGCUGACAGAUCCCUCUGUUGCGUCAGAAGCUGAUGCCAGGAGCCCUGGAGGGAAUACCACCAUGGCCCCUGCUACUCACUCACCUGCUAUAGACUCCCCUGCUAGCGGCUCACCCGUGAGAGGCUCAGCGUCAGCUGGACCCUCCUCCCCUCGCCCCCCUCGCUCACCAGCUUAUGCUGGCCCCCCAUCUUCCGCUCCCCCCCCUCCCUCCGCUGCCCUUCCUCCUUCUGCUGCUGCCUCUGGCGCGCUCACCCCAUUGAACAGCCCCUGCUGGUGGGUGGGGCGGCAACAGCUGUCGCUUCUGGAGGGGCUGCUGCCGUUCCCUCCCCCCCGGCUGGAACAAGGGGAUGUGCAAGCAGGUGUGCAAGGAGGCAUGCAAGGGCAUGGGGCUUUAUCUGGGGACGGUCCAGCGGGUGGGGAUGUGGGUGGAUGGAAUCAGCCAGGGAAGGACUGGUCAGGUGUGGAAUGGCCAGUAGUUGACUAUGAUGUGGCGAGGCAGGAGGUGUCGUUCCACCUGCCGCUGCACCGCAUGCUGGCGCUGAUGCUGCACUCGCUGCUACGCCUGCGCUUCCCCGUGGCUGAGUCGCAGGAGGACACGGAACAGAGUGUAGAAAAGGGCACACUGCAGGGCACACAGGACACACAGCUCGCGCAGAAAGGGCCAGCAGGAGAGGCACAAAGUGCGGCGCAGAAAGGGCCGCGAAGGGAGGGGGGAGAGCGGGGGUCACCAGAGGUGUGCUUGCUGCAUCUGCUGCCCAGCGAGCUGCAGAGGGGGAGUUUCCUCGCAGCUGUGGCUGAGCAUGGGCUCCGACUGCAAGUGCUGUGUGCUCAGAUAUCAGCGGGCAUGUGGCGGCGGAAUGGCCAGUCCAUGGUUGCUCUCUGCGACCUCUACCACUCUGUGCACUGGUGUGAGGACACCCUGGAGUUGGACCUCUUUCUCCUGCAGUGCACUGCUGUCUCUGCUCCGCCUGACGCCUUUGUGCGCCAGGUUGUAGCGCGCUACAGCCUCACAAGCUACUUCUCUCUCACCCUUGGCUCUGCCUCAGAGUACGAGCCAGCAGUGGCGCAGGACUGCCUGGCGUUCCUCAUCCGCCUCAUCUCAGAGCGCUCCUUCUCUGGCCUUCCCCCCACCGUGGCCCUGCGGAGAGAAAUAGUGCAGCGCCUAGCCAUCGGGAACGCCACCCGCAGCAGCGUCGUCAAAUCCCUGCCGCCCCGCUUCGCCGAAAACCCGGCCAUUCCCUCUGUUCUGGCUUCAGUGGCGGAUUACUCCCGGCCUUCUGGUAUGGAGCAGGGGCGGUACUUACUUAAAAGAGACUGUUACCGGGAGCUGGAUCUGUAUUGCUUAAGGUGGGCGCCCAGGGAGUUGCAGAGAGCAGAGGAGCGGUACUUAGAGGCGGUUAAGAGGUCAGCUGUUGUGGAGCAGACGCCCAGGUGGCGCGAUCCUGUCCGCCCGUUGCUGGGGCUGAGGGAGAUUGCCACGUCAGCAGGGGUGCAUGACGUGGUGCUGUCGGUGGUGCUGCAUGCGUGGUGGGACGAGGAGGGGAGGGAGAGGAGCGGGGGGGAAACCAGAGGCGGCGGCAGUGGCAGUGGUGGCAGUGGCGGCGGGAGUGGUAGUGAGAGUGGGGGGAAUGGGCUGUCUAGAGCGCCAGAUAAUGUUCUUCAUGCUGCCCUGCAUCUACUGGCGUUGGCUCUGGACACUUUUGUGGCGUGGCAGGAAGCGGUGGAGAAGGUAAAGGAGGAACAGAAGGGGCAGGAAGGCCGGGGGGUAGGAGCGGAGGAAGGGAAGCAGGAGGAGGGUGGGAGAGUGGGUGGGAGAGUGGGUGGGAGAGAGGGUGAAGAAGGAGGUGAGGGGGAGGGGAUGAUGGAUGUGGAUAGGGGUAUGAGGGGCAGAUGGGGUGAAGGCACAGAGGGGUCUGCUCUUGAGUCGAGUCAAAGGCAAACAGAGCGUUCUGCUAUGGAAGUGGAAGGGGCAGAUGCGCAUGGUGAUUCACCUGUUAAUACACAUGGUGAUAUUGGGCCACCAGCCGUGCAGAAACGACAAUCGUGGCCACCGGUGCUGCUAUCCCGAGCGUGCCAACCAUUUGAAGCACACUCAAGUGGCAUCAACAGCAGCACUGCUGCCACCUCAGGCCUAUUCUCCCUCCUGCCAGCAUCCGCGUUCUCCUCCUCUCCCCAGACCCCCCAUAUUCUCCCAGUGUCCCUGCUCUUUCUCCUGGUGCGCCUGCUGAAGGUGUGGCAAAGGCAGGCGGGAGUAGCAGGAGCAGCAGGAGCAGCAGGAGCAGGGAUAGGCUCCAGAGAUGGGCAUUGUGGUCUUCUUGGUGCUGCUGGUGGUGGUGGUGGUGUAGGGGUGGGACCAGGGCUCGAAGCUGAGCCUAGAGCAAGGGGAGCCGACGAGGGAUGGGGCUUAGGGGUUGGGGAGAUAUCAGGGGGAGCAGGAGGAGCGGGAGGAGGAGGAGGAGCAGGAAGGGGAGGUGGAGGUGAGGGGCGGUCGGAGCUGCACGUUCUGGUGCUGCGGCUGCUUAAGCAAUUCUCUCAGCUAAGCGACGAGUGCAGGAGGGCUCUGGAGCAGCUCUGCCCGGAGGAAUUCGAUAAGGGGAAGGGGAAGGCAGUGGUGGGGGGGGCGGGGAAGGGGCUGGGGAAGCAGGCACAGGAGGGGUAGCAGGAACAGCAGGAACAGCAGGAACAGCAGGAACAGUAGGUGCUGGCGGCAUUGCUGCAGAGGCAGGUGGCUGGAGC